CCGUAAUCUACAAAGGCAACAUUUUCACCACGCGAGAAGCGAGCGGAGCCACGUAGCUAGCUGCUGUGCUUCCCUGGCAGACGGACAGCUGAUCGUCGCAUAUUUGACCCUCUCCGUAAAAAAAAUAAAGAUCCUAAUCGGCUGCCGCAAAACACUGUAACCAGCGACCCGCCGCCUGUGUGCUCCAGUGACUGCAGCCCAACUCCAGGAUCAAUACUCAACAAGUACUUCGGUUACCUACCCAUCUGCCCAAAGUACGUCAACUCCCGGAUAAGUCACGAGCAUUGAGCUGUGUGGAUCGCACACACACCCACCCACACUAGAAGAUUUAAAACACAGCCUGGUUCACCGCCCACACACACACACACACCUCACAGCAAAUAUGACCGCCCAGCUGGCCAACUUCGGCAAAAUCCUGCUGCGCCGCCGGGCAUUAGACUGCUCCAAUGAGGAGACCCGAUUCGCCCGCUGCCUGUCCACUCUGGACCUCAUCGCGCUGGGCGUGGGCUCCACGCUCGGCGCCGGCGUGUACGUCCUCGCCGGCGAGGUCGCCCGAGAAAAGGCCGGACCGGCUAUUGUCCUCUGCUUCCUCAUCGCCGCUCUGUCCUCCAUGUUGGCGGGCCUCUGCUACGCGGAAUUCGGCGCCCGUGUCCCCAAAACGGGCUCUGCGUACCUCUACAGCUACGUGACGGUCGGAGAGAUCUGGGCCUUCAUCACCGGGUGGAACCUCAUCCUCUCCUACGUCAUAGGUACGGCCAGUGUUGCCAGGGCCUGGAGCUCAACGUUCGACAGCUUGGUGGAGCAAAAGAUCUCCAAGUUCUUCACGGACUCAAUGUCGAUGAAGGUACCGGGCAAUGUGCUGGCCGAGUACCCCGACCUGUUCGCCCUCAUCCUGGUCCUGCUGCUCUCUGGACUUCUGGCCUUCGGCGUGAACGAGUCGGCGCUGGUGAAUAAGAUCUUCACGGGCAUCAACCUGGUGGUUCUGGGUUUCGUAAUCAUCUCUGGCUUUGUCAAGGGGGACACAGAGAACUGGAAACUGACUGAGAAAGACUACCUCAGCUUCAUAAACGGCACCAACGGCAGCACGCCUGCACACGUCAAGGAGGAGUUUGGCGUGGGCGGCUUCGCUCCGUUCGGCUUGACUGGAGUCCUGUCCGGUGCUGCCACCUGCUUCUACGCCUUCGUAGGCUUUGACUGCAUCGCCACAACAAGCGAAGAGGCGAAGAACCCCAUGCGCUCCAUUCCCAUCGGCAUCGUCGCCUCGCUGCUCAUCUGUUUCUUCGCAUACUUUGGCGUGUCCGCCGCUCUCACCCUCAUGAUGCCGUACUACCAGCUGAACAGACAGAGUCCUCUGCCCGAGGCCUUCAGCUACGUCGGCUGGGCUCCAGCCCGCUACAUCGUGGCGGUGGGCUCCCUCUGCGCGCUGUCCACCAGUCUCCUCGGCUCCAUGUUCCCCAUGCCCCGAGUUAUCUACGCCAUGGCGGAGGACGGGCUGCUGUUCCGCGUUCUGUCCAGGAUGAACGCUCGCACCAAGACUCCUCUCCUGGCUACCAUCGUGUCCGGCGUGGUUGCAGCUCUGAUGGCCUUCCUGUUUGACCUGGCAGCUCUGGUUGACCUCAUGUCCAUUGGAACUCUGCUGGCGUACUCUUUGGUGGCCAUCUGCGUCCUCAUCCUCCGGUACCAGCCGGGCACCCUGAGUUCGUCCAGCCAGACGGAGAAGCUGGUGGAGCUGGUGGAGGGGGAGAAGGUGGCGGUGAGCGGAGACGACAGUGGGGACGAGAGGGACGAGGGGGAGGAGAGGCCGCUCCGCGAGGCCUUCACCGUCAAGCUGCUCUUCUGUCCGAGUGGAAAGCUCCCCACGCAAACCUCGGGCAACAUCGUCUACGCCACCACCGCCACCAUUUCGCUUCUCAUGACGGUACUGUGCGUCAUCCUCGCCAACUGCCUCACGGAGCUGCUGGCCGGGCAUCCGGCCGUCGUGGUGCCGUGCGUCCUCUUGGGCCUGCUCUGCGUCGUCUGCCUCGUCAUCAUCUGCAGGCAGCCGGAGAGCAAAGAGGCGCUCACCUUCAAGGUCCCUCUGCUUCCCUGGUUGCCCCUGUUCAGCGUUUUUGUCAACAUCUACCUCAUGAUGCAGCUGGACUGGGGAACGUGGUGCCGCUUCGCGGUGUGGAUGCUCAUCGGUUUCAUCAUCUACUUUUUCUAUGGUAUUAAGAACAGCAGCGAAGCGAGAAAGAGGUCAUCCCUGCGUAAAUACGAGUCCGCAAUGCAGACCAAGAGCCCCAUUUACACCGCCGCCCCCGACGACAGUGACAUGGAAGCAGGCGGCAGCGCAUGAGGCCUCCGGACGCCGACCUGGGGAGUGUCGCCAGAGCAUCUACAAUCAUUUUGGCAAUCUGGUUAAAAUCGAAGCCGAAUGCUGCAAUGAAGGAGGCUUGCAACACGGCCCCUGGGUUUACAAAGGGAGGGGAGACGCCACACACACACACACACACACACACACACACAUCUCACCUCUGCCUCAGAGGCUGAUUAAGUUGAUGGCUACAGACUGAGCGAAAUACUCUCUGACCCAAUGUUUCUGUCCACCUGUACUUAGCCGUAGCCCUCUGGGAGACGUAUACCAGCCUCCAUCACGUGCUAGAAAGGACCGAACUAACAGAAGAAGAGUACUACGGAUCAUCUGAUCCAAGUUCUGCUUUCUGUUAGCUGGGAGAAUGUUUGACAUUAACUACUUUCUCAUUUGCUUUGUCUCUGUUAUUGCCGCCUGCGUUUUUUGGAGCCACCGGGUUGCGAGGGGUGAAUAACGACUACUGUGUGCAUCAAAUGUUAGUCCUCGGUCCGUACAGACACUUUUAUCCGGGAGCCAGACUUCAGUGAGCCGAAGCCACCACGCGGCAUUGCGGCGUGGUGGGUCUGGUUUAUCGCUUACUGUUUAUUUACGGGUAACCAGGGCAACGCUGCUGGUUCACGAUGUCCUCUGUGGGUUAGGGUCAGUAGCACGUAAACAACGUUGGGGUUGUCGGCACCGUGUGGUUCAGUGUGUGAGGCUGAAGUACAAAUGGCCCCCGAGCUCCCAGAGGACAGCCCUACAGGCGGUCUGCACACCGCCUUUUUAUCUUAAAUUAUUGAAGUUGUAUUCUUGCUUACAGGGGUGUUGAAAUGUUAUUGGCAGGUAUUUUGUGGCCUUUUUGUUCUAAUUUAAACCAAAAUGACUCGAAUGUUUUUAAACUA